AUGCUGUUCCUUCUCGCCACCGUCUUUGCCCACCUCCGCAGCACGAAAGAUGAAUGUAGCGACAUAAACGACUGCCGCCGACUAUUCGACAUCAUCUGGAGCUGCUUGGUUACUAUCUUCCUGUGUAUCUGGGUGUCUGUGCACCCCAAUGUCCCGCCACCGACACCUGCGCGCCCUGGAAAGGGGGCCAGAGUAUGGAACCGCGUGAAGUGGAGUCUGCUUGACGGCAAUAGACCGUUACUGCACCGAUUCAAGCUCAUGGUCGUCGCUCUCAUUGCGCCGGAGCUCAUCAUUGGACUGGCCGGGAAGCAGGCAAUAAUGGCCCAUGCUUUUGCUCACGAAUACGACGUCUCUUUCACGCACGGGUUCUUCAUUGUCAUGGGCGGCUUCGUCGACGCCAAUGGCCACCCCAUCGUCACCAAAAAGCAAAUUAUGACUGGAAAUGUACUGCGAGAAAUCAAAGCGGUGCCCGAAUCGGAAAUCGAGGACAAAAGUAAGGGUGAUGCCUUCUCGAAAGGCCUCGCAUUUUGUCAAGGCCUCUGGUUUAUCGCCCAAUGCGUCGCACGGCGGGCCCAGCAUCUUCCCCUCGCCGAGCUCGAAGUUGCGACGCUAGCAUUUGCUACGAUCAACGCUCUCACCUGGGCACUGUGGCUGCCGAAACCACUCGAUGUGCGGACCCCGUUCAAGCUGUCUGUGACAUCUGUCCCCGCCGGCGAGAGACGCUUAUUCCCAUAUUCCCGUGGCGGCCCAACACCUUUCGAGCGAUUUGAGCUGAUAUUCACAAAUUUAUACGCGCUGUACGAGUACGACCCUCUAUCCAACGUGGCCGUGCCGACUUUCUGGUGUGCAGCCUACGAGGACUUUCAAAUCUUCUCUACUGUGCUAUCAAUGGGCAUGGCUGUAUGCGCUCAACUUCUGUGUGGCUCGCUCUUUGGCGCAAUCCACUGCAUUGCGUGGGCCACGGCCUUCCCCUCCAUCGCUGAGAUGUGGCUGUGGCGCGCAGCAGCGCUCGUCCUUGUCGCGGCACCCCUCAUUCUCAUCUUUUAUGCAGGCCUGGAAAUUCAGACAACCCUCAUCUCAGAUGCUCAUUGGCAGGUUGCACUCAUUAUAGUCGCCAGCACCUACUCGCUUGCUCGCAUUAUCCUCCUUGUUUUACCCUUAUCCACCCUACGUUCCCUGCCUGCUGCAGCCUUCAGAGACGUUGAUUGGAGUGUCUACAUCCCUCACUUGUGA